GCUAUAUAAGCCGGAACCAGGCAGCCGAGGGGGGCAGCGCAGCCGAGCGGAGCCCAGGAGAGGAGAGAGAGAGCCUGAGCGAGAGACGGGGAAGCAAGGAAGAGGAAGCCACCGGCGCGUCGGGACAGGAACGCAGGUGUUCGGAGCGCCCGAGCUGGAGCUCCGCAGCCGCCAGACAUGUACCGCUCCACCAAGGGCGCCUCCAAGGCACGCCGGGACCAGAUCAACGCCGAGAUCCGGAACCUCAAGGAGCUGCUGCCUCUGGCCGAAGCGGACAAGGUCCGGCUGUCCUACCUGCACAUCAUGAGCCUUGCCUGCAUCUACACUCGCAAAGGCGUCUUCUUCGCUGGAGGUACUCCUCUGGCUGGCCCCACAGGACUUCUCUCAGCCCAAGAGCUGGAAGACAUCGUGGCAGCACUACCUGGCUUCCUGCUUGUAUUCACAGCUGAGGGGAAGCUGUUAUAUCUGUCUGAGAGUGUGAGCGAGCAUCUGGGCCACUCCAUGGUGGACCUGGUUGCCCAGGGUGACAGUAUCUACGACAUCAUUGACCCAGCUGACCACCUAACUGUGCGCCAGCAACUCACCCUACACUCUGCUCUGGACACGGAUCGCCUCUUCCGCUGUCGAUUCAACACAUCCAAAUCUCUCAGGCGCCAGAGUGCAGGCAACAAAUUGGUACUUAUUCGAGGCCGAUUCCACGCUCACCCGCCUGGAGCCUACUGGGCAGGAAACCCUGUGUUCACAGCUUUCUGUGCCCCACUGGAAGCAAGACCCCGCCCUGGCCCUGGCCCUGGCCCUGGCCCUGGCCCUGCCUCACUCUUCCUGGCCAUGUUCCAGAGUCAUCAUGCUAAGGACCUGGCCCUACUGGACAUCUCUGAGAGUGUCCUAAUCUACCUGGGCUAUGAGCGCAGUGAACUGCUCUGUAAAUCAUGGUAUGGACUCCUGCACCCCGAGGACCUGGGCCACGCUUCUGCUCAACACUACCGUCUGUUGGCUGAGAGUGGCGAUACUCAGGCAGAGAUGGUGGUGAGACUGCAGGCCAAGCUCGGAGGCUGGGCAUGGAUUUAUUGCCUUUUAUACUCAGAAGGUCUGGAGGGCCCCAUUACUGCCAAUAACUAUCCCAUCAGUGACACGGAAGCCUGGAGCCUCCGCCAGCAACUGAACUCUGAGAAUACCCAGGCAGCUUAUGUCCUGGGCACCCCGACUCUGCUGCCCUCAUUGCCUGAGAACAUCCUCUCCCAGGAGCAGCGCGCCAGCCCUAACCCACUCUUUGCCCCAGCCCUGGGGGCUCCCAGAAGCACCAGCUUCCCCAGCGCUCCUGAACUGGGUGCUGUUUCAGCAUCAGAAGAGCUUCCCCGACCCUCCAAAGAGCUGGGCUUCGGUUACCUGGCACUCCCGUCUGGCAUCGAGCCCUCUCUUCAAGCAGACCUGAGCAAAGAUCUAGUGUGCACGCCUCCCUACACACCCCACCAACUGGGAGGCUGUGCCUUUCUCUUCAGCCUCCACGAGCCUUUCCAGACCCACUUGCCCACCCCAUCCAGCUCUCUCCAAGAACAGUUGACUCCAAGCACCGCGACCUUCUCUGAUCAACUGACACCCAGCAGUGCGACCUUCCCAGACCCACUGACUCACCCACUGCAAGGCCAGCUGACUGAAAGCGCAGCCCGAAGCUAUGAAGACCAGUUGACUCCCUGCGCCUCAACUUUCCCAGACCAGCUGCUUCCCAGUGCUGCCACCUUCCCAGAGCCACUGGGCAGUCCUGCCCAUGAGCAACUGACCCCUCCUAGCACCGCGUUCCAAGCUCACCUGAGCAGCCCCAGCCAGACUUUCCCGGAGCAGCUGAGCCCCAACCCCACCAAGACUUACUUUGCCCAGGAAGGAUGCAGUUUUCUCUAUGAGAAGUUGCCCCCGAGCCCUAGCAGCCCUGGUAAUGGGGACUGCACACUCCUGGCCUUAGCCCAGCUCCGGGGCCCCCUCUCUGUGGAUGUCCCCCUGGUGCCCGAAGGCCUGCUCACGCCUGAGGCCUCUCCGGUCAAGCAGAGCUUCUUCCACUAUUCUGAGAAGGAGCAGAAUGAGAUAGACCGCCUCAUCCGGCAGAUCAGUCAGCUGGCCCAGGGCAUGGACAGGCCCUUCUCGGCUGAGGCUGGCACAGGAGGGCUGGAGCCGCUUGGAGGGCUGGAGCCCCUGGACCCCAACCUGUCCCUGUCGGGGGCUGGACCCCCGGUGCUCAGCCUGGACCUGAAGCCCUGGAAGUGCCAGGAGCUGGACUUCCUGGCCGACCCCGGCAGCACAUUCCUGGAAGAGGCGCCCGUGGAAGACAUCUUCAUGGAUCUCUCAGCCCCAGACCCCAGUGGGGAGUGGGGUGCUGGGGAUCCUGAGGGGGUCCCAGGAGGGACCCCAUCGCCUUGCAACAAUCUGUCCCCAGAAGACCACAGCUUCCUGGAGGACCUGGCUACAUAUGAAACCGCCUUUGAGACAGGUGUCUCAGCGUUCCCCUGUGAUGGGUUUACUGAUGAGUUGCAUCAACUCCAGAGCCAAGUUCAAGACAGCUUCCAUGAAGAUGGAAGUGGAGGGGAACCAACGUUUUGAAUAAGUCUGUGACUUAACGUCGUCGAGUAUGGCAUAUUGUCAUCAAGACGUGGAGCCGCUCUCCACCCCCCCAGGACUGUUGGGGGGACUCUGGGGGCCGGAGGGGGAUAUAUCUGAUUCCCUGGGCCCUUCAGGAUUGAGGGGGGAGGUGGGAGGGCAAGGGAGGGGAGCUUCUUUUUAAAACUUAGAGACUUCGAGCGAUCCCAGUUUCCAUUUCAAUCUGUAUUCACUCGUAGUGAGUGUCCUUGAAUGGGACUUCAAGCGGAGAAUGGGGGAGUCUCACUUCCCCGCCCCGCGCUGCCCAUGGGCCUGGGCCAGUUCUCCACUCCCGGGGGCCAAGCCACCCCUGGGCCUCGGUGGGGGAAAGGCCGCGCCCAGCGGGCCAGCCUGUGCCCUGAGGGGCUCUUGACACCCACGUAGAAUUCUCUACACACCAGUAACGGGAUUUCAAUUCCGAUGGACUCUGCCGCCCUGGCGGCCUUUCUGUGACUUUUGCGCCCCGCGCCUGGGGUGAGGGGCGCGAAGAGACGCUACAUUCCUUUCCGAUGGAGGAAGGCAGACCGGCCGCGUCACACGCGUGCUUGCCCGAGGCGUGUACCUGGUGCGGGUCUCACCCAGCUGCCACAUGGCCUGGGCCUGCCCGGGCGGCCACCUCGUGGUGCUGCGGUGACUUUGUAGCCAACUUUAUAAUAAAGUCCAGUUUGCCUUUUUGGUA